AUGCUCAGAAAGACCCAGAGCUGGUUUGUAGCAGAAGACGACUUGGAGUUCGAGAACCGUGGCAGAUUUUACGAAGAUUCAUCAUGCGAGGCGCAUCCGGCCAAUUGGCACGGGCAGCAGGUGACUGUCAAACGAGUGGAGCUAAAGACGAACGGUGAUCGAGCAAGGUUUGUUUCUGAAGUGGAGACUUGGCACCGGCUGAACCACCCACACGUAGUGCAUUUGUUUGGGGCUUGCGAUGCCAGCCCAGCGUUUCUCGUCUGGGAGAACUUGGAAUUUCGGCCGCUGAUGUCAUACGUCUGUCAGCAACCACGCAGAAUCUGGAAGACAUUGUAUGAAGCAGCUUUGGGUUUGCAGUAUCUUCACUCAACCCACGUUCUUCAUGGAGAUUUGCGAGGUGACAACAUUCUCGUAGGCUCGAACGAGAUCUCGAAGCUCGGCUACUUCAACUUCGAUCUCGUUGAGCCCUCUGCGCCCGAGUCGGAAGCUGAGGCAAGGAAAGUCUCAAAAAAUGUCCGAUGGGUGGCUCCUGAAGUACUUCUUUAUGGCAAGAAGUUAUCAUGUGCGUCGGACAUAUAUUCUUUUGGGAUGUCCAUCCUUGAAAUCGCAAGCGGAGAAAUUCCAUGGGGAUCCAGUACACCGAAUAGCGAGAUCAAGACAUUAUUGGAGAACGAGCGGUUUCCUCAGAGACCGUCUAAUUUCACCUCGGAUCAGUUUGCUCUUGUCCAGCAGAUGUGCGCGCUUGAUCCGAGUGAGCGAGUCAGCAUCAAUGAGGUUGUUGACAGGCUA